GAGAAAUAGCCACGUCAGCUAUUUUCGACAACCCAUUCAGAAAAGUCCACGACAUCUUUGCGAAACGUUUUGGGUGCGCAGAAUUGCAAGCAGAUUGAGGAAAAUUACGUGAGAUUGGGCUGAGUAAACCUGGGCAAUGAAGAAAUCCAAACUGACGACUUAUUCGAAAAGCGCAGCUGAAGCAGCAAAAGUAAAAGCAACGCUACCAAUGAAUUAAUUCCGGGUGUAUCAAAUCAGAUAAAAUUCAGUGCUCGCACAGAUAUCACGCCCAAUCUAGAGCUACAAUUAAAAAUGAAAAUUUAAUUUGCAAUUUAUAUUGCAUUGCUAUCAAUUAUUAAUUGCAACCACAACAACAAUAAAAAUAGAAAUACACUAUGGCACCAGUUAACGGAGUGCUCCUAUCCAAAUGUGUGCCACUUGGCUCUAAUUUGAGUUUAAACACAUUGCCCAAGCUGCGACCAGCUCCCUUGUCAGCCACUGCGGUGCUGCUCAAGGGCGGGUCGUCGCCAUCCAGUUCGGGCUAUUCAUCCUCAUCGAACAGUGUUGCGGACGAGGAGCCCGCAUCGAUGGCUUCAAGUCCGUCGGGACCGACAAAGGCCAAGAAGCGCCGUCUAGAUCAUUUGUCUUGGGAGGAGAAGGUGCAGAGAAAGAAACUAAAGAAUCGCGUAGCUGCUCAAACCAGUCGCGAUAGGAAGAAGGCACGCAUGGAGGAAAUGGAAUUCGAAAUCAAGGAACUCACUGAAAAAACGGAAAUAUUGCAAAACAAAUGCGAGAGCCUACAGAGUAUCAACGAAUCGCUGAUGGCCAAGAAUCAGAAGCUCGACGCGGAAAUGGAAGAGAUGCGUCAAGAACUAGCCGAAAUGAGACAGCAUGCCAAAAAUUAUAAAAACAACAGCAGCCACAGCAACAUAGCUGGCAUCAAUGCAAGCGCUGAGGGCUGUGUGCCCACACUCACUGGAUCUGCAGCAUCCAAUGCUGACUCUGCAGCAGGGUACACAAGUGGACACACAGUCGUCAGCGCGUGCCUUGAUGACAUCACGAAUGUUGCAACAGCAGCUGAAGCAGAGCAACACAACGGCCUCACUUUGGAGAAUUGUGGCGCUCUGCCUUCUAUACAAGACAUGCUGCUCGUCGACGACGAAGAGUUCGAUGCGCGACGACUUGAAGAGCUGGCCGAGAGUCUCCUCGCAGAUAUCACAGCAGACCUGGAAGCAGGCGGUGGCACAUGCCACCAAGCUGCUGCCAAAGAUGCAGGCGACUCAGAGCGAUUGCCUGGAUCAGUGGUGGGGACCGCAGCAGAGUGCAUGGAAUCCGGCGGGCAUAGAGCUGAUGGCCUAAAUGAACAUACCAAAGCGCAACCCGUUUCGAGCACCCACAACAUGGACAACAACAACAGCAGAUUGCCUAUGCAGGUGUCAACGAUAAAUGGAAACAUACAAAAGAGGGCAACAGCAACAACAGCACCCACAGCAACACCAACACCCACAACAACAACGAAGACAAUUUCAGCAGCUGCAUUCCUGCAGAGUGCCACACCGGAUACGGUAUACGGCACAUACGAUGCUAAGACGAAUUCCAUCACCAUUGUCAUGGACGGCGAUGCAGUGCCAGUGAAUGAGGCCGUUGAGGUGAUCUACGGUGAGGGCGUCACUGCUGGCGAUGAGAACACGACAGAUGCGAUCAUGAAGUGCCCGUUGCCAGCAACGUCGCCCUCACAGGUCUACCUCAAUGUGAUCAACGCCACCGAUGAUUCGGACGAUGAAGCGACCAGCCAUCUAAAUUUCGAGCCCAUUGAGCAGUUCCUGUGUCCGCGGGUCAAAGCCAUCUCACCGCUAGCCAAAUCACCUGCACUCUCUAUGCAUUCGGCCACAUCGGAUCAUGGCUAUGAGUCGGUGAUUGGCUCCCCAGCGUCGACGACUCUGUCGCAUUUGGAUAGUGACAUUCCGAUGCACACCGAGGAUGAGGAAUUUCCCUGGGAAAGCAAUUUCGAUGAACUAUUUCCCAGUUUAAUUUAACUUCAACUCACAUGAGAGGCUUUAUUGUUCAUUUUUCAAAUUGAAAAUCGCAUUGGAUCAGCCAAUUCUCUUUUUAUCUAUAUCUCUCUUAACAUUGUUAAUUUAUGUUUAAUUUUAUAUGUGGCUGGCCGCCUUCAUUAUUAAGUGUUUUAGCUCGUAA